CGGAACAUCACUCGCUCCCUGCACCGGAGCGAGCGAGCGAGAAAACCUCGUUGGACCGUUCUCUCCCAGGGCACUCACACUCAAGACUAACGACCGAUUGAAGACAAGUUAAAGAUGAACGACUUACUCCUGAGGGUUUUAAAAGAGUUGUCAGAUUUUAGAGCGCCUCUCGGGUAGGAGGAAGAGAACUGUGAGUAGGCUACUUACGAAACUCCCGCUGCCCUGAUGGAUCACGACAGCCCGGCGGUGCCUGGCUCAGAUUCGGAGGAGGUUCGGUGCGAGCCUAGCUCAGGACCCAACCAAAUCCUGACCAAACUGCUUCAGUUUAAAGUGUACCGCAGGAGAUGGCUUAUUCUGCUGGUGCUUUGUCUGCUCAACUGCUCCAAUGCCAUGCUGUGGCUGACCUUUGCCCCGGUGGCAGACGAGUGUGCAAAAGCUCUUCAGGUCACUCUGGAUGAUAUUAACUGGCUCUCGCUGGUCUACAUGAUCGUGGCCAUCCCUCUCAGCUGCCUCACUACCUGGAUGCUCGACACCUGCGGCCUGCGGCUCACGCUGAUCCUGGGGUCGUGGCUGAACAUGCUGGGCAGCGUGCUGCGCUUCAUUGGGGUGUUGCCCAUGGAGAUGGACGUCCAUGUGCGGUUCCCGCUGGUGCUGGCGGGGCAGCUGCUGUGUGCCGCUGCCCAGCCCCUCGUCAUCUUCAGCCCCACCAAACUCGCCGCCGUCUGGUUUCCACAGCAACAGAGGGCCACUGCCAACAUGAUCGCCUCCAUGUCCAACCCACUUGGUGUUCUGCUCGCCAACAUUAUGUCUCCUCUUAUCAUGGGCUCUCCAAACCUCCAAGACCUCACCAAACUCCUCUUUGUGUAUUCGGUCCCUGCUACUGUUGUGUGUUUCCUAGCAACAGUGGGUAUCCGCGAGAGCACCCCUCCAACCCCACCUUCAGCCAGCGCCGAGACCUCCAACUCAGAACCCUUUCUCCAGGGCAUCAAACUGCUCCUGCGUAACCGGGCCUACAUGCUGCUGCUACUGUGUUUCGGCUCUGGCAUCGGCAUCUUCACCUGCUUCUCCAGCCUACUGGAACAGAUGCUGUGUGUCAAAGGAUACAACAACGACUUUGCUGGUCUGUGCGGGGCACUUUUCAUCCUGUGUGGUGUGAUCGGGGCAGGAGCUCUUGGGCUCUAUGUGGACCGGACCAAGAAGUUCACAGAAGUUACAAAGAUCAACAUGUGCCUAGCCUCCCUAGGCUGCACUGCCUUCGCUGUGUUUUCCCAGAUGCGAGGUCAGAAGGUGUUGCUGGCGGUUAUGUGUUCUCUGUUUGGUCUCUUUGGAUUCUCCGUCUACCCUGUUGCCAUGGAGCUCACGGUAGAAUGCUCCUAUCCUGUGGGCGAAGCCACCUCAGCUGGCCUCAUCUUCAUUGCUGGGCAGGUGUUGUCUGUAGUGUAUAUGAUCACCCUGGGAGCUUUGACAAAACAACUGGCCGACUCCCCCCUCUCUGUGUGUGUUGACGGCGGGACCCUCAGCUGGAGAGUGCCUGUGCUGGUGAUGGCGGGGCUGUUCUGUCUGGGGACCUGUGUGUUUGUGUGUUUCUUUCGCACAGAAUACAAGCGUCUUAAAGCAGAGCAAGACGCAGCAGGACAAUCACACAAAACACACACAUCCACUACUACAGACACACACGAUACCUCUCACACUGACAACCCAUCACACACACAAGAUACCAUUGACACAUAUAAUCCUUCAGACACACACGCACACAAUAACUCAGACACACUUCACACAACCCCCACCACCUCAGUCACUCUUAAUACCUCAGACACACUCGAUCCACCCGAUACAAUAGCCUAAAGGAGACCGUAAUGCCAUGGAUCCCCACCCAAUCAGACAUGGAGGAAGGUGACACACACACACACACACACACACACACACAGACAUUGAGAGGUCAGCAACACACAGACCUCAAAUACUAGUACAUGCUGCUGUAUGUUAACACACAGACAUUUAUUUUAAGCGCACACACACACAUUUUGGCAUCCUUAAAGCUGCAGUCGGCAAGAGUUUUCAUAUUUCAUAUUCACUGAAACCGGCAGCAUGCUCCAACAGAACAACAUAUCAACUUGUUUUAGAAAAAACCCUGUACUCUUACCUCUACACAGAGCGUGUUAUCUGUGCUCCCAGUUCUUCUGGUCCAAUAUGCACAGGGCUGUGUGGGAUCUGACUGUCAAUCACAGUUCGUGCACAGUCACUAACGAGCAUCAACUCAAUGGGAGGGUGCUAGGUGGUAGUAGGUGCAUGAGAGUUGUAAACAUUCAUGUUGGCCAAGUCUCCUCUACCUGCCAGACUUGCCGACUGCAGCUUUAACAUAUCCACUAUUCCCUUACAUACACACACCUUCCUCCAGGGCAUCAGGCCGGUGUGGAUACAUACACACAUCUUUUAGAGCAUCAGGGACUGGGACAAACACACACACACACAUCUGUAGUAGUGGUCAGGUCUUCUGCCUGAAGAUCAUACACACUCCAAGAGCAUAAGAGAUGAAACGACUCCUGGACCAAAGCAGUAGCUUCUUUGUGAUCUCUGUUUUUUCACUAACCUGUUUUUCUACAUCGUAUUUAAUCAAUCAUUUUUUUUUUUUUUAAAAAGGUUUGUCGGUUUUGGUAUGAUGGUUCUUACCUGUGACUAAAUAAUGUCAUUAAUCUGUGUAUAUAUCUAUUGAUGUGUUUUUAUACGUGUGGACGAUGCACUCAAUUCAAUCCUUUGAAUGUCACUAAAGCAUUGACUAGUUUUAUAUUAUCUAAGGGCCUCCUUACACCAAACAACUUUGACAAGAUUUGGGAAAGAAAUGUGAAGAAUUGUAGUAUUUUGAGUAAAACUUGAAUAGGGAGCAUUAGUUAAAAGACUCUAAUCUGUCUAGCCUGGCUAUCACCAGACUAAGAUCAAUCUUUAAAGAUUGAACAUUAGUCUGGGGAGUCUGUGCUGUAUUUCUACUGCACAAGAGGUAUGAUCAAUGGGCAUAGUUCAAAUGACUCUAUGCAUUUGGAUAGUCCUUCAACCAAUCAGACCAAUGAUCCGGUGCGCCUGGUGGAUAAGCUAGUUUGUGAUUGGACCCAGCAAAUGUGGACAGGAAGCAGGAGAGUUAAUUGUGCAGGUUUUCAGCCUGAGCUGCAGGGAGAAGUCCAAAUCGUCGGCAGAUCGGGCUGGGUUUACCCAGUCUAUAAUCUGUCUAGAAUCUUUCCCAAAUCUUGUUAAAGUUGUAUGGUUUAAGGAGGUCCUAAGGGGCACAAAUAUUUGGUUAGCUGCUAAUUACCCUUCUUUGUAGUACUGUAUGACAGUAUUUGAAGAGUUCAGUUGCAAAACCCUCUAAAUCCAUCUGACCACUUUAUUCUUUUAAAGUGUAACUGCACCCUAAAAUAUGUUUUUUGAGCUGUUGAUUGAUUGAAAUUACUCAUAAGUGGUGAACUACACUAUUACCAGGGUUAAUUUUGACAAAAAUUGUAUUUCCCUAGAAAAGUAACAUUUCGUAUGAUUUUGUAUUGGAGAUAUAGCUCUCCGCGCCCUCUACAGGUUGAAACAUGCCAUGGCAUUUUUGUCCAAAAUGCUAUUGGAAUGCUGACGUAUAGUGCGUUCAUGCACAUUGGACCUUCGGAAAUUUCUGACCUCCAAUAGCAGAAAAAUGACAUGAACGCUAGGUCGGGCUGGAUUUUUUGCUCGGAGACUCGUGCAGAAGUUUUGUGCCCUGAGGUGUCCGACUUGACGUCAUCAUAUCAUAUCAUAUUCUCCAACCACGACGGCCUCCCUUGCAACAACACAAGAGGUGAAUUUCACUGUCAUUACGAAUAGGCAAGGUAACUUGUCACUAAAUUAACAACACAGAUGGAAACACUCGCCCAAGAUAUUUUCCUUCUUGCUCAACCAUACUAAGCAGUUGUAAUAACGUAUUUAUGCGUUUCCUGUAUUUAUUUUCCGUUCUGAUCUCAUGAACACACUUUUUUCGGAGGUCGGGACUUUUUAAAGGCGGGUUCUCCGAGGUUCUGAGCUGCAUGAACGCACUAGUAGUCCUGCACUUCUCUGGAGAGUCUACGUCACCGGGUGGUUACAAAUUUGGAAUGAAACGCCCCAACACCUGCUGCCCUGAUUAGCCUACCUGUGAUAAGCCAUGUCUGCAGCACUCAUUCCCAGAUUGACACGAAAUCACCCUUUUGAUUGGCUGCAGCAGUGCUGCACUCCCUUCCAAAUUUCAGAACGUCCCAACCAUUUUGAAAGCCUUUUUCAGAAAUGUGAAGUGGGUGGAGUUAUGGGGUGCAGUUACACUUUAAAUGAGCUCCUGUAGGGUUUUGCAAACAAAUCAAUAUUUCAGACCAGAGUGUGGGAUUUAGUUAGCCUGGCUUGCACCUUCUCAAAUGAGACGUGGUCUGGCAACCAGACGUUCAUUUUCUCGUAUUUGAAAAAAUGCCCAGAUCCGUUCAUUGGGCGCCACGGAGGUCUAUCAAAUGCACAUAGCUCAUCCAACACGGUCUCACACCCAACUCGUCGAACGAGGACGCAGGCCAAGAGCCCUGGCGUCAAUAUCGGAAGUCGAAGGUGCCCCCGCGCGUUCAUAUGCAACGCGAAGGGCUGCCAUUGACAUCAGUGUAAAUCCUUUGGCGUCGGAUGUAGACUCAAGAAGGCAACGGAAACUUCUCGGACGUUCUGUGAUUGGUUACCAACAUCAGGCGAAAAUUUGGGCGCUAGUGUCCAGACUGCCUUAGCAGCGUGAAAGAAAUCACCGCGCAAGGCAGGAUGGGAACACCCAGGCUAGGAUUUAGCGGGUUUGGAAGUGAAAUUGUUUGAUUAAUGUAAACUAUGUGGAAGCAUUCACUCACCAUCGUUACCUCAUUUUUGAUGGAGGUGGCGUUUAGAGGAUUUUGCAUCGGAACUCUUCAUUUGUACUCCUCUAGACAGAGAUUUGGGAAUAAAUUCCUUUUGACAACUGGUU